AAAGAGAAAGGGGUUAAAAUGAAAAAGAGAGAGGGGAUGUGAAAGAAAGAAAAUGAGGAAGAAUGAGAAAAAAGAAAAUGGGAGGGUAGCGUCAUUCGACCAAGAUAUUUUUUUCCUCAUUCUCGGUGCUGAGUCAAGAGCUGCCGAGAUAGCCUGGCCCAAGACACCGUUAUGCCAGCUGUACGAUAAGAUACGUCUUCUGAUUAUGUCUGUCUCGCUGUCUGAUUGUAAUGAUUAUUCACAAGCCAGAUAUGUCUGGGGAGACAGUGGAGACAUGGUUCGUGUAGCGGUGGUGGGCGGCGGGGUGAACGCCAUUGGCUCGGCAUUGGCACUACUGCAGAGGGCGCCAGAAUGCCAGGUCACCGUUAUUAGCAAGGAUUUCAGUCCCAAUACUACAGGUGUGUACACGCGCACAUGCACACCGCCGCUUUUCUCGCUCUCCAGACGGUGGUCACAGGAGACGUGGGAUCUGCUCCUCGGGUGGGUGAAGGCGGGGCAGCAGAAGGGCGUGUCUCUGGUGUCAGGGGCAUGCGUGGGGCGGAGCGAGCUGCCCUUGGAGUUCUGGCACAAGAUCCCAAUAGGGUAUCGCACCCUCACGCAGGAGGAGUGCACGAUCUAUGGCCCGGAUUAUUGCUCCGGCUACUCAUUCACCUCCAUCAUCGCGGAGCCCUCAAACUUCCUGCCAAGGCUCAUGAAUGAGUUGCGAGACCGCGGCGUCGUCUUCAAGAAGCAGAGACUCACGUCCCUCGAGGAAGCCGCCGCCCACGCCGACCUUGUCCUCAACUGCACGGGCCUCGGGGCGUACGACCUGGUGCCGGAUCACAACAUGUACCCAUGCAGGGGCCAAGUGAUGAGGGUUAAAGCUCCAUGGCAAACCACCUUUCUUUGUGACGAUUCAGAUGAAAAUAUUGCAUACAUACUACCUAAUUGCGAAUCUGUGGUCCUUGGAGGAACCAACCAAGAUGAUGACUGGAGGCAGGAAAUUGACCCCAAAGAUUCAGAGGCAAUCUGGAACAACUGUACACGUCUAGUACCAUCACUAAAGAAAGCAGAGAUCGUAAGGGAAUGGGCUGGACUGCGACCUUGUAGAAGAAAAGGAGUGCGCUUGGAGGCAGACGAGGUGAAAAUUGGGUCACGUAAUAUUCCUGUGGUUCACAACUAUGGGCAUGGAGGUUGUGGAGUAACCAUGUUCUGGGGAUGUAGCAAGGAAACCGCUUCAAUUGCAGUGGACCUGAUCCACAAGCACUUUGGACCCAUAAGUAAACUGUAGUGCAACUUUAGGAAAAUAUGAAUGAAGUUGUUAACUUUUAAGGUUUAAAGGCAGUGUUAGUAACUUCUGUCAUUUAUCAUUCUUUGCUACUUUUCAAGAAGCAAGAAAACAUGGAUGGACAGGGUUAUAUUUCUACAUGUUUUGUGUUUCUAAAAUUCAUACUGGUAUCUUUUCACAUUAUAUUAAUUAAGAAGUAAUGUUUGUAAAAUGCAGAAAUCUUUACAGACAGAAUAAUUAUCUUUAGUGAAGUACUGUAUUUACAAGUUUCUCACAAUUUGAAAUUUUAAAUGUAUUAAAAAUUAAGGAAAUUGGUGAAGACUUUUUUGUAGUGUUCAGAGCUGUAACAUCUGAUUAAAUAAUUAAAAUGGUAAAAUAUUCCUA